GUCAGCUCGAGCUCUCAGCCUUGCUCACACCUGGACAUAUACGUCUCGAAAUCCCAUCGUUCUUGUCUGUCUUGUGGCUUUGCACUGCUCCAUGAUAACGUACUCCCUACCGAGAAGGGCAUAUACAGCGAGAGCGCUCUCAUCCCAGGCUCGCAAUAUUCCUACCGACCCUUGAACUUCGAGCUUGGACAAGAGAUCAGAUUGCUUCUACGGAUCCCAUUUUUUGUGAACUCACGCAUGCAAAUCUUCUUGACCGACUAGAAUACGAGGCAAUAUCCUACACAUGGGCAAGUUCCGAACUGGAGCUGUCUUUCGACAGGAAGCUCAUUCAUUCGAGGACUCGACAAUUUGUUCCUGUGACAGAGAACUGUGAGGCAGCGCUCCGCCAAGUACGUCGACGAGAUGGGAAACGAGUAGUGUGGAUUGACUCUAUGCAUUAAUCAAGACAAUGUCUCAGAACGCAACCAUCAAGUUUGGCUCAUGAAAAACAUAUAUGCAAAUGCCAUUCAGGUUUUAGUCUAUCUAGGAGAGCCUUCUAGCGAUAUUAACGCGCUAUUAGAGUACCUCAGUCAUUGUCUUGUUGUUCAUAGCGGUGGGUCCGUCGAAGUUAUUCCAAAACCGAGAGCUCAAAUUCCAUCGGCGGCCGCAGUUCAAAAGUUUCUCGCCCGAAGGUGGUUUCACAGGACCUGGAUCCUCCAAGAAGUGGCGCUAGCAAAAUGCGCAACUGUUAUGUUAUCCGCCAAUCUUCAAGCUAAUAUCCACGAUUUCCUGAGUUGCCUUGAAGCUGGACGUAACUGCGCCGCUAUGGAUCCAAGAGAUAGAGUCUUCGCCUUGCUUGGUCUUGUAGAUGAGCAGUCGGGAAUUUCCCUCAGAGCCGACUAUUCUAAAGACGUCUCUUGGGUGUUCAACGAAGUUGCUACUCAAAUUUUGGAA